AUGGGCGUGAAAACAUUGUUGAAAUGGUCAAAAAAAGUCUCCCCAUCUCACGUUGAGCAACUACUAAGAGCAGAAAAGGACUUGCACAAAGCUAAAACCAUAUUUGAUUCCGCAAGCGCCGAAUACGGUAAUGGUUUUAGGCAUGAUCACACCACGUUUGGCCUCAUGAUAUCUAAGUUAGUCUCUGCGAAUGAAUUUAGACCUGCGGAGGAAAUGCUUAAUAGAAUGAAGCAAGAGAAGUGCAGAAUUACUGAGGAGAUAUUCCUUUCAAUUUGUAGAGGCUACGGCCGUGUUCAUAUGCCGUUAGAUGCUAUCAGGGUUUUUCAUAAAAUGAAUGACUUUGGAUGCAAACCCACUGACAAGUCUUACAUUAGUGUAUUUGCUAUUCUUGUUGAAGAGAAUCAGUUAAAGGUUGCAAUGAAUUUUUAUAAGUAUAUGAGGGAAAUGGGUGUUCGGCCAAGUGUUGUUUCUCUUAAUGUUUUGAUUAAAGCCCUUUGUAAGAAUAGUGGAACUAUUGAUGUUGCUUUUAAGAUAUUUCAAGAGAUGCCAAAACGUGGGUGUGAUCCGGAUUCGUAUACUUAUGGUACACUGAUCAAUGGGUUGUGUAGGUUGGGGAAGACUUUUGAAGCCAAGGAGUUGUUUAAAGAGAUGCAGACAAACGGAUGUUCGCCAUCUGUUGUUACGUAUUCUUGUUUGAUACAUGGCUUGUGCCAGGCUGGUAAUAAGGAUGAAGCUAUGAGAUUGUUUGAUGAGAUGAAGAGAAAAGGCAUUGAACCGAACGUGUUUACUUACAGUUCUUUAAUGGAUGGCCUUUGCAAGAAUGGGCGUUCUUUAGAAGCCAUGGAGCUACUAGAGGUGAUGGUUAGGAAGCGCCAUAAACCUAAUAUGGUAACGUAUAGUACACUAAUUAAUGGACUCUGUAAAGAAGGAAAACUUGCUGAAGCUGUGGAGACACUUGACAGGAUGAAGCUUCAGGAAUUGAAACCAGAUGCUGGGCUGUAUGGAAAGAUCAUAAAUGGGUUCUGCAACAUUUGCAAGUUUCAGGAAGCUGCGACCUUUCUUGAUGAGAUGAUCCUAGGGCAGAUCUCACCAAACCGAGUAACUUGGAGCCUUCAUGUUAAGCUUAAUAAUAUGGUAGUCCAAGGCCUUUGCAUAAAUAGCAACCUAAAUCGAGCCUUUGGAUUGUACCUAAGUAUGCGUACUCGGGGUAUCUCAGUUGAUGCUAGGACCUUUGAUUCUCUUGUGAAGUGCUUCUGCAAGAAAGGAGACUUGCAUAAAGCUGCUCGCAUUUUUGAUGAGAUGGUGCUUGAUGGAUGUGUUCCUGACAAUGGAACAUGGAGUGCUGUGGUUGGUGGAUUUUGGGAUAGAAGAAAGGUGCGGGAAGCUUUUGAGUUGUUAGUGGUUGAACUGAUGAAUGAAUAUGCCGAGCAUGUCAUAUGA